UAUUCCACGUAUAAUCCGAUGGGUAUAAAUACAGUUCGCGGAAGACCAUUAAACGCAAAACGUGUGAAAAUUAUAUUGUUAACAGCACCGUGGAAGUAAUAAUACGUUAAUACGUUUUAAAAAAAAUGCGGUGCAAUUGGUUGGUUGUUGUGACAGCUCUGGUUAUCCAGGGUUCUCUUCCUGGUACAACUUCUGCUACUUCAGUUAAAAUACCACGCAGUGAACAAUUACUAUGUCAACAGAUAAAAUGUGCACCAGCGACCUGUUGUAAAUACGGAGUUGUGAAACAAACUUUGCAGAAUGGAUUCCCACGAUGCGAACGAUGCAGAGAAUUAUCCGAAUGUCCAAUGGUCAAAUGUGCAGCACCAACUGAUUGCAAGUUUGGAGUUGUAAAAGACACCUUCGAAAAUGGAUGUCCGGGAUGUGAAAGAUGCAGAGAACUAUCCGAAUGUCCAAUGGUCAAAUGUGCAGCAGCGACUGAUUGCAAGUUUGGAGUUGUGAAAGACACCUUAGAAAAUGGAUGUCCGGGGUGUGAAAGAUGCAGAGAAUUUUGGGAAUGUCCACAGUUAAACUGUUUGGCAGUUGCUUGUGAAUAUGGAACAGUUCCAACAUAUUUCGACAAUGGAUGUCCCGGAUGUGGAAGAUGUAGAGAGUUGUCUGAAUGUCCAAUGGUCAAGUGUGCAGCAGCGACUGAUUGCAAGUUUGGAGUUGUGAAAGACACCUUCGAAAAUGGAUGUCCGGGAUGUGAAAGAUGCAGAGAACUAUCCGAAUGUCCAAUGGUCAAAUGUGCAGCAGCGACUGAUUGCAAGUUUGGAGUUGUGAAAGACACCUUAGAAAAUGGAUGUCCGGGGUGUGAAAGAUGCAGAGAAUUUUGGGAAUGUCCACAGUUAAACUGUUUGGCAGUUGCUUGUGAAUAUGGAACAGUUCCAACAUAUUUCGACAAUGGAUGUCCCGGAUGUGGAAGAUGUAGAGAGUUGUCUGAAUGUCCAAUGGUCAAGUGUGCAGCAGCGACUGAUUGCAAGUUUGGAGUUGUGAAAGACACCUUCGAAAAUGGAUGUCCGGGAUGUGAAAGAUGCAGAGAACUAUCCGAAUGUCCAAUGGUCAAAUGUGCAGCAGCGACUGAUUGCAAGUUUGGAGUUGUGAAAGACACCUUAGAAAAUGGAUGCCCGGGGUGUGAAAGAUGCAGAGAAUUUUGGGAAUGUCCACAGUUAAACUGUUUGGCAGUUGCUUGUGAAUACGGAAAAGUUCCAACAUAUUUCGACAAUGGAUGUCCCGGAUGUGGAAGAUGCAGAGAAUUAUCCGAAUGUCCAAUGGUCAAGUGUGCAGCAGCGACUGAUUGCAAGUUUGGAGUUGUGAAAGACACCUUCGAAAAUGGAUGUCCGGGAUGUGAAAGAUGCAGAGAACUAUCCGAAUGUCCAAUGGUCAAAUGUGCAGCAGCGACUGAUUGCAAGUUUGGAGUUGUGAAAGACACCUUAGAAAAUGGAUGCCCGGGGUGUGAAAGAUGCAGAGAAUUUUGGGAAUGUCCACAGUUAAACUGUUUGGCAGUUGCUUGUGAAUACGGAAAAGUUCCAACAUAUUUCGACAAUGGAUGUCCCAGAUGUGGAAGAUGUAGAGAGUUGUCUGAAUGUCCAAUGGUCAAGUGUGCAGCAGCGACUGAUUGCAAGUUUGGAGUUGUAAAAGACACCUUAGAAAAUGGAUGUCCGGGGUGUGAAAGAUGCAGAAAAUUAUCCGAAUGUCCGCAAUUAGACUGUUUAGCUUGUGAAUAUGGAAGUAUUCCAAAAUACUUAGACAACGGUUGUCCUGGAUGUGGUAAGUGCAAGGAGUUAUCUGAAUGUCAGAGUUAACUACUUAACCGUUUAAUAUAGGGAUAAGUGAACUAUGAACUAUGAAAUUGAAUGUUGAGAAGUCCCUAUCUGUAGUAUACCAUAAAUAU